AUGCCUGGCUGGGACCACGGGAUUCUGAUUACCCUACUACGGAGGCUCGUCGAACGACAACUUCUCGCGAUGAAUGUCGACGACGGGUGCAUAACGCUUGGUUCGCCAAAGAAUGUACUUGGCGGUUGGGUCAAAGAACCAGAUCUCUGUUGGUUCCUCGUGACCUCCUGUUCUCAACCAAGAUGCGUUGUUGAAGUUGGCACGUCCAAAUCUGCCAGACGACUUUCUAUCGAUGCGCAUGGGUGGUUAGAAGCGCCCCACUCAUCAGCGCAAGCCGUCAUUACUGUUUCUUUCAAGUAUAUAGAUGCAGAGAAUGAACUGAACCCCCUUACAAUCUCCGUAUUGGAGCUAGUGGAUCGCAUUAGUAAUGUAGACUCUCGCCUCUCGCCUCUCACUUCUGCUCGUACAGCCGCUCUAGAUAUAUGGAACGUCGGUGGUAGUUUGGCAGUUGCUGGAUUUCACGUCGUUAAAGACGAAGAAGAUUUGACUGUGACUACCAAGGAAAUCCGUCUUCGCUUCGAGCUGUUUACUAGCCGCCCUGCUUUGAAUGAAGGUGAACAUGAUAUUGUCUUGACAGAAGAGAUGGUUAUUAGGCUUGUACGCCAAUUGUGGGAAUACCGUCAGCAGUAUGGGAUUUCGGUAUGA